AUGGCACCGGACAACGGGCCCAUCGCGACAGCUCUCCCCUCCAUCACCGCCGCCGCCGCCGCCGCCGCCGCAUCACCAUCACCGCCACCACCAUCACCCACCCCGCAGCAGGAACAGCGGCGACAACCCGCCACAGCCCCACCCCCGACCGCGUCUCCAGAUCCCAGCGCCGGUGAUACCAAUCAUUCAUCCCUCAAGAGGCCACGCGACGAAUCGCCCUCCUCGCCCAUCUCUCCCGCCACUGGCCGGCCGGCCCGCGAAUAUUCACCGGCCAAAGUCGCCCGCCUUGGCCUCUCAGCGCAGGUAUCUGCGCCGCUCCAGCUGACCGGCGUCGCUGCGCUCGAGGAGGAGCGACGCCGCAAGGAGGAGGACAAGAGGCGCAACCCGCCGGGCGUCAGCGAGAACCCGAAUCACAGGACUUUGAAUGAACUCUUGUCGGGUGGAAACAUGGCCAUAAGUCGCCCGCAAGACGCGCCAGCAAACAUGGAGGAGAUGGCCCUCGCUGCCGAAGCCACCAAGGCCCUCGGUGGUCCCGUCACAAUACCACAACCCAACGUGUCGGAUGCGAGGACAGACAUCAGCCCCCAUAGCGCAGCAGGCCCUACCGGUGCCGCCGGAAACCAGCACGUCCUGAGCAGCCCGGCGCCGAUGGAGGUUGACUCCCGGAACGAGCGCCCACUCGUCCUGCCGCAGCCCGAGGCGCAAAUGGAGGACAAGACACCGACCUCGCUUUCUUUCCCGGGGGUCCUGCAGUCCGGUGCCUCAAUGGGCGCCCCAGCCCCGCCAGAGCGCCACUACAGCCUGCCAAACAACGGAGAACCUGCCUCGACGUCAAAUAAGAAGCACAAGUGCCCGUACUGCGAUACUGAGUUUACGCGCCACCACAACCUGAAGAGCCACCUGUUGACGCACAGCCAGGAGAAGCCCUACCUGUGCCAGACCUGCAACCUGAGGUUUCGUCGCCUGCAUGACCUGAAACGGCAUGGGAAGCUUCACACGGGCGAGAAGCCUCACGUGUGUCCGAAAUGCGAUCGCAAGUUUGCGCGUGGUGAUGCGCUGGCCCGCCACAGCAAGGGGGCAGGCGGAUGCGCCGGACGGAGGGCUUCUGUGGGGAGCUAUGGCGACCAGGGCGAAUACGACGGAGCGCCCCGGACCGAAGGUGACGAUGCAUCAAUGGCUCUCUACGAAGGCAACGGCGAUGUGGAAAUGGCCGACGGAGACCACCGGCGGAUCAGCCUGCCAGCAAUGAAGGCGCAACCUCCUACCGGCUCCCCUGAACCACACAUGGGACCACAUUCUCGCACAUAUCCUCCUGUUGGGCCCAGAACAGGGCCUCCAGGGGUACUGUACCCUCCGGCCGGCGAGCGCGGCGCCAUCAACGCUGGCUCAAGCACGACUCAAUCAAGUCUAGUCAACAGCAUUGCGGGCAUUACCGAGAGCCCCAAGCCUCUCAGCCCUGCUGUACACGAUCAAAACGCCAUAAUUCGACAGCACUCCCCAGGCUCCACUGGUCAGUAUCAACAGCAACCAUACGCCCGGCGUGUAUCUGACAGGGAGACGGCUCCCGGAGCACCGCUACCUCCGCCGCAAGGCCAGCAAACACCUGUUGGACCAGCGGCGCACGACCACGGCCAUGCGAGAGUGUCGACCGGACCAUCGAACCACGUCAACAGUGGCGAUGGCUCCGCAAAUUUGUUCGCGCAGGGCGAGCAGGGUAUGUGGACCUACAUACAACAGCUCGAGGACAAGGUCAAGGACCAGCACGAGUGGCGUGUGACCGCGGAGGCACACUCCAAAGACCUCAGUUUGCGGCUGGCGAGAGUUGAGAGACACAAUGCCGAGCUAGCGGAUGAAGUCAGUAGUCUGCGUCGGGCGAUCGAGUUGUCUGGGGCCCGGCCAAGUAAUGGCGGAGCAGCGCCCGCCUGA